AAAUCGACCACGCGUGCCUUUUCCCGCAGCAACUACGUCACUAAGUCCCGCCCCUUCCUACCGAGUAAACAGAGCAGGAAUACGUCGAUGUCGCCGCCAUAUGGGCUUUUGGGAGUGAAAAUACGCUUUGUGAUCUGAACGGAGGGGUUAACUGAGGUCUGUUGGUGCGUUUUGGUGCGUAAUCAGGAGACUUGAGGACAGACGCCUGGCACAGACUCUGGCCAUGAAGGGAGAGGCGGAAGUGAAGUCAUUUGACAGACCGUCCAUGUUAUUAUUGUUAUUUUGGUAGCCCUGCGAUGAGAAACGGGCUGCGGGGUUGCGGAGGUUCGAGACGACGACUUUCCGCAGUCUGUCCCGGUCCAGCGCCGCGUCCGAACCGGAGAGAGGAGCCUCGCUGACCGCUGGGGGGAGGGUGCGAGGACCCAGCUCCGGCUCGGCUCCUAUACUCCGAGCGAACACGCAAACGACAAAGCGACUAAACAAAAAAACAAAAAACCCGAGUCGUCAAACAUAAAGCUCGGCUGGUGUGCGGUUCGUAGCAGGGACGUGCCUCCGCAGACAUGAACGGUAUCACCAAGAGCCGCUUCGAGGUGUUUUCAAACAGCGAUGAAGCUCCCAUCAACAAGAAGCUUCCCAAAGAGCUUCUACUUAGAAUAUUCUCCUAUCUUGAUGUGGUUACACUAUGUAGGUGUGCCCAAGUAUCUAAGGCGUGGAAUGUGCUGGCCCUGGACGGCAGCAACUGGCAGAAGAUCGACCUCUUCAACUUUCAGACCGACAUCGAGGGCCGGGUGGUGGAAAACAUUUCGAAGAGAUGUGGGGGCUUCCUGAGGCAGCUGAGCCUCAGGGGCUGCCUGAGCGUGGGAGAUGCCUCAAUGAAGACAUUUGCACAGAAUUGUAGAAAUAUAGAAGUGUUGAAUUUAAAUGGCUGCACCAAGAUCACGGACAGCACCUGCCUCAGCCUCAGCAAGUUCUGCUCUCGACUCAAACACUUAGAUCUCACGUCAUGUGUGUCCAUCACCAACCACUCCCUCAAAGCUCUCAGUGAUGGCUGCAGGCUGCUGGAGAUGUUGAACUUGUCUUGGUGCGAUCAGAUCACACGAGAUGGUAUUGAGGCCCUGGCACGAGGCUGUAGUGACUUAAGAGCACUGUUCCUCAGAGGUUGCACACAGCUGGAUGAUGGAGCAUUGAAACACCUUCAGAAACACUGCCCAAAACUCACCACCAUCAACUUGCAGUCCUGCACACAAAUAACAGAUGACGGCCUGGUCAGUCUUUGCAGGGGUUGUCCCAAGUUACAGAUUCUUUGUGUGUCUGGGUGCAGUAACAUCACUGAUGCCUCUUUAACUGGACUGGGACUCAACUGUCCCAGACUUAAAAUACUAGAAGCUGCUCGAUGCUCCCAUGUUACUGAUGCUGGGUUCACUGUUCUUGCAAGAAAUUGUCAUGAGCUUGAAAAAAUGGACUUAGAAGAAUGUAUUCUGGUGACAGACAAUACCUUGGUUCAACUGUCUAUCCACUGCCCUCGCCUACAAGCAUUGUCUCUGUCACACUGCGAGCUGAUCACAGAUGAUGGUAUUAGAGCUCUGAGCAGUAGCACCUGUGGCCAAGAGCGCCUCACAGUGGUGGAGCUGGAUAACUGCCCUCUCAUCACAGACGUAACGCUGGAACACCUGAAGAGCUGCCAUCGUCUGGAGCGCAUAGAGCUCUAUGACUGUCAACAGGUCACGCGAGCUGGCAUCAAGCGCAUUCGGGCUCACCUCCCUGAGAUCAAAGUCCACGCCUACUUUGCUCCAGUGACUCCGCCUCCCUCUGUGCACGGAGGCGGACAGCGUCUGUGCCGCUGCUGUAUCAUCCUCUGACAGUGGAGAGCCAGGGGGGGGCACCUCUGUCUACAGGUCCUGCUGCUCUGAAAUCGGGGGAAAGGGGCUGGGAUAUAUGUUAAUGUUUGGGGCAGGGGGAGGGCUGGACCCACUCACUUCUCCUGAUCAAUAUAUUGACUGGUCGCCUCUGAUUUGCUGAUCAGUUGUACCUGCCCCUCCUCUCACUUCGUUACUCAGUGCUGCAGAAGCCCAAGAUUUAUGUUUUGGACAAAUCACAGAUGGAUGGACUUUCUCUGCAUAUUCUCAUUCUCACUUCAAAAACUAAAACUGACUUCCACCAUAAUGUUCUGUACACUCCAGCGACCCAAGCCUUGGGUAAAUAAGGCUAGAAGUGUAGACUAAGAAAUAGUGUCUGAAUGAAAAGAAAAAAAACUCGACAAUACAUCAUGUUCAAGCAGAAAAAUAUAAAAAUGUCUCUUUGAGGACUAUCAUCUCAACCAAUCACUCAACACCUCUACUCUGUGGUCACCCUGUGAAUUAUUCUGACCAGUAAACAACCAUCAUGUUGGACAAGGAGAGCUGAGAAAUGCAUAGACCCUCUGGAAUACUGUUAUACUGAAACCUCUGUGUGAGAGAGGGACACAGGAAAUGGACACACAACAUACUUGUGCAUCUAAAAAUACUUAUGUUGAGAUUUUGUUAUGUUUGUACAGAGAAUGUUUUGCAAUGAUAAAAGAUUACACUUAUGGUAACUCACUCACAAAAUAAGAGUGGGUAAAAAGAUUUAGUUUUAUUUUACCAUUUCUUUUCAGUGCUUAUUGUAAUUGGUGAUGCCUGUCUAUCCAGAUUGAAAGAUCAAAUGUUUUUCUUUUGGAAAUAGAAGAGAAAUGUGACGUGGAAAAAGUGGACCUAUGAUUCAGAGACUUGAUGUCAGUAAGCAUUAUGUUGAGUUUAUUUGCUACUGGGAUAGACUGGGCUCUCUGUACUGCGUGGUUCUGUUGGCUUGUAGGCCCUUAUCAAUCCUGUCAGUAGCCUGUGCACUAGCUCCUACCUGAAUACUUAAGCAUUUGUUUACAUCCUGGGAUUAGAUUAGCAUCACAAACAUGUUUACAAGAGUAGAUUUCCAGUCCCUACUUUCUUAGAGGUGACCUUAGUAAUAUCGAUGGGUGAAUUGUACCAUGAUUUUCAGUAGAGUCAAUAGAAUAAUGGGUCUGCUGCCUGCAUCUGGAUAUCAAUCAGGACUAAUUUUGGUGCAACUUUGCCUCAAAGAAAUUUUAAAAUUGGAUUCACCUAAGACAUUUAAGGUUAUGUGCAAAGGCACCUCGACAUAGUGACAAUCAUAUAACUUGAAGUAUUUAAAAUGUGUGAAUUAGGUGGUGAUUAUUGUAACAAAUACAUAGACUGCAUUGAAUAUUUCCAACCUUUCAACCUAAAGUCCUUUCAUUUUAAAUAUGUAUGCCUAAUGUCACAUGUCUUGCACAGUCGUAGGUUUAUGCUGUAUAUCAUAUUUUCUGGGAAAAUGUGAUAUGUAGGAAUUGGAGAGGCACAGACAAAGUUCAGGCAGCCGUCAGUAUUGAUUCAUCAGAGUCUGGGAAGUAGUGUCAGCUUGGAGAGAUGCACAGGGCUCUGGAAAGACAUAAAACAAUAAUAUCUAAACUAACUAAUCAGAGCAGAAAUAGUUCACCAACUGUGAUACUUGCCCUCUCUCUGACUGUUUUAACAGUUUUAUGUUUGGAAAAAAUAAAUACAUGGAAAAAAUAAACAAUAAAUGCAAAAAGAA